AUGUCGAACUCCGACUUGCUAGAUUUGGUCUCGUCUAUCAGCGCGGCACGAGUAUCCAACGUGGUGCUCAGCCGUGUCGAGGGCCAAACGUUCUCUAAAGUCCGGCUCAACAGCCACCCGGAGUCUCUGCGCCAAUUCGACAGCGUCAUUUGUAGCGAAGAGGCCCGGCAGAAGGUGAAGGAUAUCCAUUACGACGUGAUUCUCCCAUCCGUCAGCGAAAAACGGCUCGAGAACAAAUUUCAAAGCAGUAACGAAGCUUCAGAAAAUACAUUGGCCUUCAUCAGUGCUAUUUUGAGCCUUUUCACCCGGCUCAGCUCCUGGAAUGCCAGAGGGAUUGCUUUGCGGCUUACCGCUACAUCGCCGUCUGAUGAUACCGCGCUGCGAGUUGUUAGUCGGAGUGUCUGUAUCAAGUCCAAAAGAAAUCACUUCAAAUAUAUUGGUUUGGAUUUACAUUUGCACCUUACCGGAAGGUUUCCCCUAGUUCGUUGCGUCUCGUCCUCUGAUUUCGAGAGACUUGAUAGCAACUCUACCAACCCGUCUGGGAGGAGGGUAUACCCUGACCUCAUUGCCUCUAUGAGUGUAUCUCUUCCAGCCCUCAAGAGCAUCUCGUGGGAAUUCUACAUGCCGCCCCGCCGCAUGGUGUCUCGGCGACAAGAGUUUUGGGUGGCCUUAGGACGCGCACUGGCGUUGCCUGAGUUUUCCCAUUUGGCCUGUGCGAGAAUCACUCUGUACGACAGAGAUCCACGAAACGAAGGAGCAGACCUUCAUAGCUUAGUGGUCGGUUCUAGGGACGCUACUGUCGAUCUUGCGAUCCAGAAGAUAUGCACACUCCCGACGCUGACUACUUUACAUCUUUGUGGGAACUGGAGCCUCUCAUCUAUCGCCUUCGCAAAGGGAUUUGGGUUGCGGGUCAACUCAGUGUAUAUUGAUCUCUCCUCGGUCACCCCUGAUGGUAGAUGGUUAUUUGACCCUAUUCCGCCUCUGUCCGACGAAGAAAACUUCAAUGACGAUGAUUUAGCAUCUGAUUCAGAGCAUGAGGUCCUCCACGACUUUGACUCCGCGGAUUCAGAUUCAAUUGACUUCCUGGGUGAAAAAGCUGAAGACAUCGCCAACUUUGAGCUCCCGGUUAGAGAAAUCCACGGCGAACCCAGCGCCCAUGCUUUUGGCCCGCUUGCCAUUGCGCUCGCAAAUGCUGUUAUCCAAUCUUCCAGUUGUCUGGGUCGAUUGGAGGUUCAUCUUCUCGGAUCCCUGUCCCAAGUGCAUCUCGGCUAUUUUAAUCCUGAUACUGAGGAAGUGUACAAACCCCGAGGCGCGAAUUUCUGGUCAAUAUGGUCACGACCCAAAGUUCGUGCUAGAUUCGAGGCCGGGGCAGCUACGUGGCAUAUUUCGGUUCAGGGUGAUGUAGCAUACAUCGGUUGGAAAGUUCCAGCUGGUCUGAGGAAGGCGAUGGAGAACGGGGUGGGAGCAGGCAACGUUUUUGCCUAUUCACAUGCGAAGGAUUUAGAAAUGGAGUAA